UGAGGAUCGCGAGCGAGCGACGUACGCUGCUCCUCGGGAGCGGGGAAGCUCUCUGCCUCGGCUGUAGGCUUCCAGUGUUGGAGGGGAUGAUGGGAUCUGUAGCUGCACUCCAGACCUGAUUUUUCCGGUUCAUUCGUGCUGGGUGUGGGCAGUUCCGCUCUUCUGCAUUUUUGAGUAAGCCUUCCCAUGGAGAUAAAAGCAGUUGUCAGGAGAUAUGAAACAAGAAAUAAGACAGCAGGAACAGAACUGUCAUCAUCCAAAUCCCGAGUUGAUUGGAGACGCACUAAAAGGGAGCUCGUGCUACUUGACAGCAGUGAUGAAUCCUCAGGUACCUCUGAGGAGGAAGAGCCUACUGCCUCAGAAGACAAAGUAGACGAAAAAGAUGAAACUGUUGUGAAGAACAGCCUUUCAGUUCAGGAGGAGAAAAGCCACAGUGGGGAAGUAACAGAAGAUAGUGAGGAUGAGUCCAUUGUGCCUGGGAAGCGUAAAAGGCUGAACACCUCUGUCUUGUAUGACAGUGAUGAAAGUGAAGACAGUGAUAUACUUGUUAGAAAAGUUUUUGCUAAACGCCACUGUAUAAUAGAUGAAGAUGAGAGUUCCAGAGAACAGCAACCUGAUAAAACCUGCCCUACAGAAAACGUUUCUACUGAAAGGAAACAGAAAGUGUUUGCAAAAUUGAAAGAACUUGCAAGACAAAGAGCAACUCGGAGAUCCUGCAGCAGUGAAAAUUGUGAGGAUUCUGAUGAUGAAGCAGAAACAGAAGAGGAGCCCUUCUGCCACUUGCCCCUCACACCAACAGAAGGUAGUGAAACUGACAGUGACAGCAUGAAAGAUUUUAUAGUAGAGGAAGAGGAAGAUGAUGAUGACAACACAGAGCACAUAGAGAGUGAAAACCAGGCACAACAGAAGGAACUAAAUACAUCAAAUAGCGAGUUCCUGGAAUACUACGUCCCACACUUAUCUCGCUGUGAUCAUUAUGUACACUUCAAAAGAAUAGUAAAGGCUUUCCUCAUAAAUGCAAUUGAUGACACUUUUCUGAGCUCAUUAUAUGAAGGAACAAGACAAAAGAAGUAUGCACAAGAUAUGUUGCUCUCACUUCAUUAUUUGGAUGACCGCUUCAUUCAGCCUCGUCUUGAGAAUUUAAUCUCUAGAAGUCGCUGGAAAGAUCGAUACAAGGAGCGUGUGGAUUGUUACCCAGACAUUCGCAUAAUCUUGAAAAAUCCAAAAAAUAUGUUUUGUCAGGCCUGUGAAUUGAAUCGGUAUUGUAAGUUUAAUGUGCUGCUCUCUGGAAGGCUUUACAAUAGUAGAACUUUGGAAGCGGAUGACUUCAUGUCAGAUGACAAGCAGGUUCUGAAGGUUGGCAUGGUGUGUGCAAAUCGUACAAGAGUUUAUCAUAAUUUGAAGCACUUCAAAUACAAGUUGUACGUGGAUUGCAGCUCCAUUACUGAGUUGGAUGGUGUUGAGGAUGAACCAGUCAAAGACACAGUCGAACGGCUGUUCAGCCAGUUGGAAGACAGCGGGUGGAUUCAGAAGAGAUAUAAUGAUCUUGAAGACUACAUGAAUGAUGCAGACAGUUUCCAAGAAGAGAAAAUGGAUUAAGCGGUCGUACAGCUCUUUGAAAGACAUCUUGUAAAAAUUUGAAUGGCCUGCUUUAUCUGCAUGUGCUUUCCCUCUGCUUGGUCUUCAAGAUUCUUUUUAGGCUGUGUUAUACUUAAAUCCAUAUGCCUUUAAACUACUGUUGAGAAUGUGCUGUGGUAUAUCUUUGUUUCUCAUCUGUGUCAAUAAUAACCUAAAGUUUUACCAAAUCAGUCCUUCCAGUCUUACUGCAUAGGUCACUUUAAGUUUCCUCCUGUUCUUAAAAAUAACAUCUUGAUACCUGUUUACUCAUGAAAUAAUUUUUCCACCUAUUUAUAUUGAGCUGCAUCAUACGGAAGGUAGGAGAUGCUGAGACAUUUUGAAGUAGGUGUAUUUAGAAAGGUAAGGCUGUGUUAUACAAGAAUGUAUGACUUGCAUCUUACCUUCCUUGUUGCUCGUUACAUGCAAGUAAGUCCAACCAUUUAGAAUGAUAGUUACAACAGACAGGACCCAAAUGCAAAGAUCUAUUUCCCCUCUGAGGAAUCAGUAUAGACUGUUGCAAGGCAACAGAGCAAAUAUUCUGCAGUCCUGACUACAUUUGCAGCGCAGUAGUCAUUCCUCUCUUUAGAGAGUAGGUGAUGAGUCAUAUUAUAGGCGUCAUACAGACUGAGUCUGGCUUAGCCAUCUAAAUGAGCACUUGGACCCACAGUGCUAUCUCUGAUAAGCAGCUGGGGCAAUUUACUGAGAUCUUAAACAUCAAAUUACGUUGUGCAAACAUAAUGGCCACAACUUCGGGUAACUAAAAAAUUAAGAGAAUGGAUUAAUGUGGCCAUGCAAGAUAAGCAAGAUUUCUUCCAGUGUAACUUAACAGAAAGCAGGAGUUACUCAGAAUCAUGAUGCAUAGCUUACCUGAAUUGCAUAAAGCCCAAGUCAGAGUUCUUUGGGGCCAGGGGAGUAGAUUUUUGAGGAGUUAGGAAGGUUUAAGUACUGUAUUGUCCAUUCUGAAAAAUUGGACAUGAGCUGGCAAUGUGCGCUUGCAGCCCAGAAAGCCAACCAUAUCCCAGGCUGCAUAAAAAGAAGCGUGGCCAUCAGGUCGAGGGUGGUGAUUCUACUCUCGUGAGACCCCACGUGAGAGCUGUGUUCAGCUCUGGGGUCCCCAGCAUAAGAAAGACAUGGACCUGCUCGAGCAGGUCUAGAGGAGGGCCACAAAAAUGAUCAGGGAGCUGGAGCACCUUUCCUGUGAAGACAGGCUGAGAGAGUUGGGGUUGUUCAGCCUGGAGAAGAGAAGGCUCCAGGGAAACCUUAUUGUGAAGGGGCUUAUACGUAUGAAGAUGAGAUUUUUACCAAGGCCUGCAGUGACAGGACAAGGGGCAAUGGUUUUAAACUGAAAGAGGGGAGGUAUAGAUGGACAUAAGGAAGAAAUUUUUUAUGAUGAGGGUGGUGAGGCACUGGAACAGGUUGCCCAGAGAGGUUGUGGGUGCCCCAUCCCUGGCAGUGUUCAAGGCCAGGCUGGAUGGGGCUUUGAGCAACCCGGUCUGGUGGAAGGUGUCCCUGGCCAUGAUGAUCUUUAAAGGUCCCUUCCAACCCAAACCAUUCUAUGAUUCUGUCCCUGUACUUUGUGCUGCAUAUAAAACUAAUUAGAUGUAGCCUAAGAUAAGAUGCAGGAUGCAGGGUUUUCAAUCCAGUUUGGAGCUGUUCCUACAUCCUGCUGUACACACAUACUCUUCUAUUAGUCUUUUGUGGCUGAGCAACUUGGUGAGCAACUUGGAUACUGUUAAUGCUCUAGAUUCUUCUAACAAGUUGCUCUCAGAAGCAAAACGAAUGAAACCUAAUUUGUCAUGGAGUUGUCCAUAAGAAAUCCCCGCAUUCAUUAUGCCAUUCUAGUGGUAGCAGAUAUGCUGAUUGGCUAGGCAGCUGCUGUCAGGUGUAUUGCUUAAUGGUGAACACCUCUUGGCGUUUUUCCACAGGAACAGUACCUUAGAUUUGUCAUUCAGUACCCCUUUUCCAGCAUUCAUUGUAAGAAAUUAACUGCUUUUAUAUUUUGAGGGGUUGAAAUUCAGCAAUGGUUUAUAUGCUGUUAGAGUGAGCUAAUACCAUCAGUUCUCCCUUGUACCACAUACAGCUUCGAGAUUUACAAACCAAGAUGAAAAAUCCCAGUAAACAGAUUGAGAUUUACUCUCAAGUAACUUACAUUGGAGGUAUUAUUUCCAUACCUUAACUGUGAGUUAGAUACGUAAAUAUUCUGAGAUUUGAUAUAUCUUAUACCUAUCUCCCUGGUUACCAAAGCUGAAGGAAAUCUUCUCUAUUCUUUUUCCUUCUUCAUCCCUGUUCUUCUAGGAAUAUUGGUGGGAACGCACCCAUCAACUUAAAAGUACUCGGGAAUCUAUCUCAAAUACAUCCCUUUUAGGAAAAGUAAUGCCCUUUCAUGCCCUACUUCUUUCUGUUAACAAAAUCUCUGUACACUUCUGUUGGCUUCUCUAGAAUAAUAAAAUGACAUUUAUGUUUGGUGUAACUUUAUUCUUACAAAGGAAAACCAUUCUGAAAUAAAUGAGUUUUGUACCACAUAA